CCACGCGGGUUUGUUUUGAUUUGAAAUUUCAACAAAAAUUCGUAAAAAUGAAGAAUUUAAAGCCUGAAAAUCAUUCAGAUGACGAAGAAUCCGAAGAAGAAGUCGAAACUAAGGAACUUUUAGAGCCAUUGGAUGAAGAAAGUUCUUCGGAUGAGGAAACAAAGGAAGAAGCAAAGACUGUUCCCUUAAAAUUAGACAACAAAGUCCCCAAAAAAGAGAAGAAGAAGAAAGAAAAUGACUCGAAAGAAGAAAAAACUGAAGAAGAAAAGCCUUCAAAGCCCAAAACAGACCCGAAUUGCACAAUUUUCGUGGGAAACAUUCCGACAAACACGAAACUCAAGGCCCUGAAGCAACAUUAUUCGCGCUUCGGUGAAAUUCAGAGUUUACGUUUCCGUUCAGAAAACGGCAAAAAAGUCCUCAACAAGACAGAUCGUAAAAAAUACACGUCGCUCAAUGCGUAUAUCGUCUUCAAAACUCCCGAAAGUGCUCGCGAAGCGACAUCCACAAAUGGCGAAGUCUUCCGCGAUAAUCAUUUGCGUUGCAAUCUCGUGGCAUCGAAACAGGAACAAUUCAGUCAAAAGUUGAACACAAAAUCGACAGUUUUUGUUGGAAAUAUCACGUUUGAGGCGAACGACGAGGAACUUUACGCCUUCUUCGCGGAGAAAUGUGGACCUAUUGAGUACGUGCGACGCAUCCCGAAGAAGGGAUUUGCUUAUGUCUGCUUCAAAGCGGGCGUUCCGUUGGUUCGAGCGAUGAAACUCAAUGGCGAACCGUUUCAGGGACGACCUUUGCGCGUGCAAAAAUGGGAAUCCAAGGAGCAGAUGGCGAAAAAGGAGAAAAGAUUGCAGAAAAAACUCAAUGGAAAAGCAUUGAAAGCGGGAAAAGUGACAGGAAAUGCGGGAAAAAGUAACAAAUUGAACACGACACGACCUUCGAAAAAUCCUCUUUUGAUGAAAAUUAAGGAAAAGACAAAGACAGACGAUACAAUUUCUAAAGCGGAGCAUAAGCAAAAGUAUAAGAAGGGCAAUCAAGAGGAUCGGGAGAAGAAAAUUGAAGAGAGGAAGAAGAAAAAGGCGGAAUAUUUGGGUGUCAGAACAGAUCGGGCGAAGAAAGCAAAGGCAUUGAAGAAGAAACAAACGAAAGAUAAGAAAUUGAAAAAGAUUGUAAAAGUUUUAACAGCUCCCGGUAAAAAGGAAAAGCAAUAAAAAAAAUUUAUUGAAGUUGAAAAAAUUAAUUUUUUAUCGAAUUUAUUAUUUUUUAAAAUAAUUUUUGUGUUGAAAUGACUAAAAAAAAAUAAAAAGUUUUA